GGUUCCUUUCCUCACCUUUUAAGGAUGAGGGAAGCAACUGCUGGGGCCCGGAAUUACCUGGGAGGAUUUGGUUUUGCUGCAAGGGCCGGAGCCCUCCUCCCACAAACAAGCUCCUGAAGAAAGGAGGGAACAGACAGAGGAGGGAAUAAGAAAGAAAAAAAAAAAAAGGAAAAAAAAAAAAAAAACAACAACCAAACCAAAAAGCCAACAGGUUGAUCUGGAUUUCCAUCAAGGGUUCCACCCUCCUCCGUUUAAUGAACAUCGCAGAACAGGUGCUUGGAAUUCAUUACCAGCCCACGAGCCGGGCAUUGCACCGGCCCAGCUCCGCGGCUCCCCGGCUCUCCCUCCUCGGGGGCGGCAGCAGCAGCCACCAACCUUCCGCCCUUCUCUGCCUUCCCCUCCGGGAGCCGCGGCCCGGCCAUGACCAACCCCUGCGCUGCCUUCUCCAGCGGCUCGCUCUGCUCCGGGGAGCUGGCGGCGAGGAUGAGCCGCGGCAGAGCCGCCGGGAGCCCGUCCCCGGAGCGCCGCAGCCCCGACGGGGGGGCCAGCGACGGCCCCGGCUCGGUGGCCAGCGACGGCUGCGGCUCCCCGGGCGGCCUGCGCUGCUCGCCGCUGUCCAGGGACGGGAGGCUGCCGGCCCCGGUGCGCCUGGACAUCGACACCGCCUUCCAGGCCGUGCGGCAGCAGGAGAAGGAGGACAUCAAAGUGCUCAACAACCAGUUCGUGACCCUGAUCGAGAAGGUCCAGAGCUUGGAGCAGCAGAACAAGAUCCUGACGACCAGGUGGAACUUCCUGAAGGACCAGGACAAUUCCCACUCGGACUCGGACAUCAAGGCCAUCUACGAGCAGUACAUGAGCAAAAUGAACCAGGAGAUGAAGGCGCUCAACUACGAGCAGGAAAACCUGGAGUCGGAGCUGGCGAAGGUCCUGAGCACCAUGGACACCUUCCGGAGCAAGUACGAGGAUGAAAUUCGCCUCUGCAGCGGGAUGGAAUUCACCUUCAUGGAGCUCAAAAAGGACCUGGACGCGAGCACCUUGCACCGCACGGAGCUGGAGGUGAAGCUCAAAGGGCUCCAGGAGCUGCUGGAGCUGAAGAAAACCAUCUACGAGCAGGAGCUGGAGGAGCUGCUGACAGAAAUCAAGGACAUUUCCGUGGUGCUGGGGAUCGACAGCUGCUCCCGGCCGGACCUGGGCAGGAUCGUGGAGGACGUCAGGGCCCAGUACGAGGCUCUGGCCCUGCGGAGCUGGGAAGAGGCCGAGGCCCUCACCCGGAGGAAGCUCACCGACAGCAGCUCCCAGGCCGGCUCCUUCGGGGGGCACCUCCUCGACAGCCGGCGGGAAAUCGCGGAUCUGAACAUCCGCAUCCAGAAACUGCGCUCCUGCAUCGUGUCCCAGAAGAGCCAGUGCCUGUACCUGGAGGAGCACAUCCGCGAGGCCGGCGAGCAGGGGGAGGGGACCCUCAGGGACGCCAAGGCCAAGGUGGCCGGGCUGGAGGAGGCCCUGCAGCGCAGCCGGGAGCACGUGGCUCACCUGGUCCGGGAGUACCAGGAGCUCAUGAACAUCAAACUGGCCCUGGACGUGGAGAUCCUCACCUAUAGGAAGCUCAUGGAAGGGGAGGAGAGCAGCAUGGAGCAGCCCAUUCCCACCGUCAUCAGCGCCGUCCACUCCCGGCCAAAGCCCCUGUCUGCCAGCACCCUGCGGCACUCGCGGCUCUUUGCCUGCGGCUCGGGGGACGCGGAGCCGAGCAGCGGGAGCCGGCCCAAGCUCAGCCCCGGAGCCCCCGGGGGAUGUUCAUAGAGAACGGGAUGAACACGGAUCCAAGGCACCUGGGAAGCUCUUCCUCCUGAGCUCCAGCCCACACCUGAGGGAUGAAGGAUGAGGAUCCUCUCCGGGCCAUCUCUUGUCUUUCCACCAUCCCAGUUCACAGCUCCAUUCCCAGUUACAGCAGGAGCCAGCCCAGGACUUCAGGGCCUCUCCCGUUUCCUUCACCUUCCUCUGCAGGGCUCCUUGCCCAGGGGAUUUGCCAUCCCUCCUUUGCAGUGUGCCCGGCAGGAGGGACUGUCCCCAGCCCAGUUUUAGCAGCUGCCAUCAGUCCCUUUAUGGUGUUGCCAAACCCUUUCCCUGCUCUGACGGGGCUUCCAAGGAAGGCACCAUCCAGGCUUCCACACUGGGGGAGAGGGAGGAAAACCCCAGGGAUGGAUUUGUCACCUGGAUUGACAGAUCUGGUGACACCCUGGAGGACCCUUGGCCACCUCAGGGUAUCUCCCUGCCUUUGGGGGGCCCCUCAUUCCUUCUCCAAAGC